AUGACGAAAACCAUUAUUCCGACCAUUGACGCCAUUGAAGUCCAAGAUUAUUUCACAGAUUUCAUUGAAAAGAAUAAAACUGAACCUCUUAAAAUGAAUAAAAUGGAAUUUGAUAAAAGACUCCUAGAAGGAUAUGAUGGGACGUUGGUAGCUGAAAAAUUAGCAGUCGAUGAUCUUACAGCCACAGUCAUUAAACAGAAGCUUGAAGAUCUUCGCAAAGAUCUCAUAAAAUAUGAAGACCAGAAAAAAUUUUACACUUCUGAAUUUGAUAAAUUUGAAGAAGACAUAGAAACUUAUUCUAAACAAUUGGCAUCAGGAGAUGAAGAUUCGACCAUUCAACAACUACAGAAGUCAAAAUGCAGCUCAACAGUCAGCCUGUGGCAUUUAACCCAGGUUAAAACAAUCCUUUCUGAAAAUGAAGAAGUAGCAGAAUUUAUUGACCAGUCUAUACAGAAAAUUGAAGGGGACCCCCCACCUGCUGUGCCUAAUUUAGAAUUUGAUAACUCUUCAAUUGUGUCGAGCUCUUCUUCUGGUGUGAAGAAGAAAUGGGGACUGUCAUCCCUUUUCAAAAGUGCUGGUAAUUCAUCAGCAGCAGCAGCACAAACCCUAGAUGGACAUGCCAACCACAGGGAGAAUUACGAGGAGCCUGUUGUUAAUGUGACAGAUAAUUACAAAGAAGACUUUACUGAGUCACUCUAUUGCUUUCUUCUUUAUCCUUUUUUUUCUUCUUCUCUUGUCCUUUUUUCUUCUCUUAUCUUUCUUAUCUUAUCCUUUUUUCUUCUUUACCCUCUUUUCUUCUCUUUUUUCUUUUCUUCUCUCUUUUUUCUUUUCUUCUCUCUUUUUUCUUUUCUUCUCUUUUUUUUCUUUUCUUCUUUUUUCUUUUUUUUUCUUUUUUUUUCUUUUCUUCUCUUAUCCUUUUUCUUUUUUCUUUCUUUAUUUUUCUUUAUCCCUUUUUCUUUUUAUUUAUUUCACUCUUUUCUCUCUUCUCUCUCUCUCUUCUCUUCUCUCUCUUCUCUUUCUCUCUUUUUCUCUCUUCUCUUUUCUCUCUCUCUCUCUUCUUUCUCUCUUUCUCUUUUCUCUCUUCUCUUUUCUCUCUUCUCUUUUCUCUUUUCUCUCUUCUCUUUCUUUCUUUUCUCUCUUCUCUUUCUUUCUUUUCUCUCUUCUCUUUCUUUCUUUUCUCUUUUCUCUUUCUUUCUUUUCUCUCUUCUCUUUCUUUUCUCUCUUCUCUUUCUUUUUCUCUCUCUCUUUCUUUCUUUUCUCUCUCUCUUUUUUCCUCUAUUUUCUGUUCAUUAG